UCGGUUUCAUGUAAUCGGGUUUCGGGAACUUUAGGAAAGAUGCACAGAAACUUCAGAAAAACGGUUGGGAAAAUUGGAGGAGAAGUCACAGCACGCCACAAGUGACUUCGACAAGCUUGCUUCAAGCCCUUUUUGUUUUUAUUUUAUUUUUAUUGUUGGUCGGAGCCGUCUUGCUUUACUUUUCAAAACGACGUGCAGUUUGUUUAGUGUCUUCAGGAGUUGAAGUGGGAGGGGUAUAAGGAUUUCGACUUCUCAGCUUUGGUGGUGAUUUGAUUGAGAUGAUUUGUAUUGUUUAGGAAGGAGUACAAAUUUUUCAGUUUACGGAGUUUUGUUAUAUGUGAAAUUUGAUGGGUAGAAUGGCUUUGUCGAAAGCGAAUCGGCCUGAAAUUGAGGAGAUUGGUAGUGGGAGGAGACCACAGACUAGUGAGAGCAGUCUGCCGCCUCAGCUUGUGAAAGAUUUAGAGGAGGCAUUCAAGUUGUUCGAUCUGAAUGGUGAUGGGAAGAUUUCGAAAGCCGAGUUGGGCACAGUACUUCGUUCUAUUGGAGAUGAAAUGAGCGAUGCAGAUUUGGAGCAGAUGAUAAGGGAUGCGGACACUGAUGGUGAUGGUGAAGUCGACCUUCAGGAGUUCAUCAAUCUGAACUCCGAUUCCGUUCAUAUCGGGAAAAUCACAUUAGGUGUGGAUUUGGGAGGAGAACUCCCCACUUCUUCAUCCUUGACAGAGGCUCUUCAGUCGGCGUUCAACGUGUUCGAUUCUGACAAAGAUGGUUUCAUUUCAGCUGAUUGUUAUUCACGACAUUGAGAAGCGUUUUCCGAAGCGGCAGACAUCUGAAUAAGAGAAUUAUCACAUUUGAGUUAUUCAAGAGUUGCUCUUAAGCUGCAGAGAGGCGAUUCCGGAUGCAGUUUGGCGUAGACAGUGAGUCGAGGAACACGAGCAGCGUUCAAGGAGCACACACUCUCAUACCAUCUCGUCGAAAUUAAAUUUAGUAAGACGUUGGCACAAGUUUAAGUUCAAUUUCAUACUUCGAGUGACGUGGGGACUGUUCCUACGGAUUACCUGGCAACGACUAGACCAAGUCUGCGCUUGUGCGGUUGCUAAUAGAUCGUUUGUGGGGUGAUAGCUGUAUUAGGAAGAAUACGAGGCCCCUCGAACCUUACAUUUGGAGGGUAAGUCGAAAUUUGACCUCUAUAAUCAGGUUAGUUACAGUUUCUUCUUAACUUGAUUAAAAUCAGGAAACCCCGGCAGCCUGGGUACAAGCAAUCAACAUGAUGGAGCUGUAAAUUGGCAACUAGUUCAUUUCCUUCUCUAUUAUAGAGUGUGGCGACUGGAACGUCCUGAAUGCUGUAGCGGCAGGUGCUUUAUUGAAGGGAUAUACUAAUCUCUGACAAGUCAGUUCCUCCACAGAUUCCUCGAUGCUUUCGGUUACCUGAAGAACCUGUGUAAAACUGGGGUUGCGGGCAUCUUGUUCAAGAACACUUUUUUGCUCGACGCUUUGCAACGUGAUUUUUAUCGAAGUAACUGUCACUGACGCGUUGUUUCUGUUGCCUCCGUUCAUGUGGGGAGUCUCUUUUGAAGGACUUUUGAAACAAAACUUAGACAUAUUGAAGGGACUUUCCCGAGCCCGGAACCGCCUGCUUUUACUUAUGUGUACCCCAUAUAUUCAGAUAAGACGAUGUGUAGACAGUUGACCAAUGUUGAUUUAGCUGUUUGGUAGUAGAUUAGUUUAACUGCUGUCAGUCCGUAUGAUGUUGAGAUCUGGACCCGCAAUGGGUGCUUCAGAAGGAUUUUCAGCAACAGUACUGUACGUUUGCACAGUGCAAGACGAGACCCCUGAGUUUGAAAUUCAUUGUCAGUGAGAUGAGACAAGGUGGUGAUGUGGCUGUGAGUGAAAGAUAUGAGAGGAAGCGAUACCAAAUUCCAGGAGCAAUAAUUAUCCCUGGUGACCGCCUGAUUUUGCUACAUUGAUACUAAUCUACCUAUGUGUACAUUGCACGAGUCUUUGAAUCAUAUUUCUACAUUGCCUUGAAGAA